AUGGCCGAUUUCAUAUUUGUGGAACCAGGAAAUACAGCAAGUGCGGCAGAGAUUAUUUUGGGUCUCCAAAAUAUUGCAUUUCUUAAGAAUUUGGAUUGUAAGAGAGUCAUCAGGACAGAGGCCAAGACACCAUCUGGCCAGAAGUAUACACUUCUCCCGGGAGAAGGCCCAAGCGUCUUCUAUUUCUGUGCAGAAAGGGUAUUAGGCAGUGAUUGGCUGAACGGAGUCCUGGGGACAUGGAACAUCGCAGGUUGUGCUCCCCCAGAAGUCUCUGAGCACUGCAUUCUUCCCCAUCGCCAUGGCUCUGAGAGCCCAGAUGUCUUAAGGAUUUAUCAGAUUGUUAUUAUUAUGGAAACUGUUUCUAAGUGCUUCACAUCAUGCCAUACAAUUGGACAGACAGCACAUACAGCGAAGCGACCAUGCACGGAGAUAAACCUGUACUGUGAGAUUACGGCCAAUUCCACCCUGGUGACUGAGUUCCUCCUGGCGGUUUUUGCUGAGACUUGGGAGCUCAGGCUGCUGCUCAGUGUGCUGUUCCUUCUGGUGUACCUGGGCAGCCUGUUAGGGAACCUUAUCAUCAUCAUCGCUACUACAGUUGACCAGACCCUGAACACUCCCAUGUACUUCUUCCUCAGGAAUCUGUCCAUCUUAGACAUGUGCUACGUUUCUGUCACUGUCCCCAGUGCCUGUGUCAACUCUCUCACUGACCACAGGAAAAUUUCUGUGGCUGGGUGUGCAGCACAGAUCUUUUUUGUCUUCUUUUGUGCAUGUGUAGAGAUUCUGUUUCUCACCAUCAUGGCCCAGGACCGCUAUGUGGCCAUCUGUAAGCCUCUCCUCUACCCUGUGAUUAUGAACCACCAAUUCUGUGUUCAGAUGACACUGGCUUCUCUCUUUAGCUCUCUUAUCAUUGCAGGAGUGCACACUAUCAAAACGUUCCAGCUCUCCUUCUGUCACUCUAAUGUGGUCCCUCAGUUCUUUUGCGAUGUCCCCUCUUUGCUGAAGCUUUCUUGCUCAGACACCUUUAACAACAAACUCUUACUUCUUCUUUCUGCCAUUGUGAUCGGUGGUAGCUGCUUUACCUUCAUUGCCACAUCAUAUGCUCAGAUAUUAUCAACUGUGUUGAAGGUUCCUAUCAAAGGAGAGAGAGGGAAGGCCUUUUCCACCUGUGUCCCUCACAUUAUUGUGGUCUCUGUGUUUCUCAGUACUGGUUUCUAUGUGUAUCUAAGACCUCCAGUAGCCUUAAAAGUAAUCCAGGAGAUUACUCUUUCUGUAUUUUAUACCAUUGUUCCUCCAUUCUUAAAUCCUAUCAUCUAUAGUCUUAGAAACAAACAGAUGAAGGAGGCUGUCAGAAAGGUAACAUUAAGAUAUUUUUCAUAG